AUGUUUUUCAUAUUUUGUGUUUUCUUUCUAGUAGUUAAAUCUCAAGAUGAAUUGGCAGAGGGUGAAGAGAUGGAAUCUGAUUGCGAUAUGGAAUUUGACAUGCCAUUUUGUAGUGGAAAUGGUACUCCAAUGUAGGAAAACUCAUUUUUAAAUACACUAAAAAUAUUACUCUCAUUUAAUGAUAUGAAGGUAGUAAAUAAGAUAGAUCAAUCAGAAUAUGAAGUUGAAGAACUAGAGAGAGGACCCACUUUAUAUGAUGAUGGUUAUUCUGGAGUGUUCAAGGGAAGUCAAAUUUUAGAAAUCCCCUAAAACGAAUAAACCCCAUAUUUUACCUACAGUAUGUGGUUGUUUUUUCCAAGAACCAGUGGAGCUGAGAGACCAAGAUCUGUCUGUCCCAUAUUCCAAAAAGGCAAUGAGGAGACCCAUUAUCCCAGUUUAUACUAUGAUUAAAAGCAUAAAUAAUUCAUAGUCUACAUUGAUUAAACAGUAACCUCAGAAAAUUCAGGCUUAGUCUCAGUUAGUAGACCUUUGGCUAACCAAUGGAUUUAUGUUUCAUUGGUUAGUACAAGCAGUAAAUUGAAAUUGUACAUAAAUGGAGUUUUGGAUAAUAUAAAAAUAUUUCAGGCAGCUCCUAAACCUAACGAUCAUCCUCUCUACGUAGGGAACACACCUUGGUUUAAAGAUUAUUGUAGCAUGAUGUUUUUAUUGGACAAAUUCCAAUAUUACACAGAGGAAAUUAAAGCCUAUUUCAUUUAGGCACAAGCUUAAUUCUAAUUGGAGAGUGCCAGCAUUCAUUUUGGAUGCAUAAGUUGUAACUUAGAGGAGGCAACAGGAGCAUGUAUAAGUGGGUACCAUUUAUGCACGAAGAUUGAAUUUUAUAGUGGAGUUUACAAUGUAGCUAGACAAUUAGGGUGGAUGGAUUACGGAGAUUUUGUAUGGACAUAUUAGGAUGCAAUUAGGAAGAAUGAGAAAAAGAAAGGAUUGGCUGUUUGUUGUAUUGAUUCAUUCUGA